AGAUCCCAUCUUGUGAUUGGGAUUUGGGCACUGCCACAGUGUGCACACCUAUAUGUAAACAGUCCCUUUUCCCUCCAAUCAGCACUUGACUCAGGCAAGACAUCCAUGAUAUCUUGGUAGUAAGAUCUCUUAUCUUUCUCCUCUGUGGGUUGCUGUACAGCGGCAGUGGGAUCUUCCCUUACUGCACCAGUUGAUGGUUGUUGUUCUGCAGGGGUUUGUGUUUCUUGUGCAGGGGUGGCUUCUUUUUUCUUGCAAGGAGCCCAAGGCUUCUUAGGUAUUGGCUCUUGAGAGCUAGAGGCCAGGUCCUUCCUCUUUCUGGGUGCCCUAGGUUUUUUAGGUUUUUGUUCAACCUGACUGGCACUUGGGGCUGCGCUUGGCCCUACUUUUGCCUCUGCAAUAGGCCCUACACUAGGCUCGAAGGGAAUUUCUAUAACCUUAGGUGCUCUCUUCUCCUUCUUACUCGAUGACUCUUCCCUCUUCGGCAUUGUGAUAAUUGUAACAUAGUAGGGUUCUACUGUAAUUUUAUUAUCUUCGAAAAUCCAAAGCACAAAGCACAAAAGCAAUAAUAUACUACCACAAUUUCAACAUGGGGAGGAUAAGAACACUUACUGGUUUGAUCGUUAAAUAAAAACCCUAGCAACACAGUCGCCUUGACUUCACAAUGUUGUUGCAGAGCUCUUCUUUGCCUUGGAAUUCUCAAAUGCAGAGUGAAAAGUGAUUUCUGAACCAUCAAAUUAAUUUUAGCUGAGCUGCAAUUCAUCUUCAAUCUUGUCCUCAUUAAUGAAAUUCAUGCCAAUCGUUUGAAUUUGGUAGCCGUGCUCUUUUUUGAAUCUAAGUCGUGGAUUUUGCCAUGCAUACAUCACAGGUGGCUAGGAUUGGUCACACCCAUUUUGGCUUCAACUAGUUGAAAAGACCACAUCCAUUGUGGCAGUCACACCUUGGCCGUUACACCUGUGUCCUUGUGGCAUCGCCACCUCGACAACCUUUGGCCCAUUUUCCUUACACAAUGAAUGCCUGCAUCUUCGUAGUUAAAAUCCUUGGCAGCUCAUCUUGCUUGUGGGGGCACGGGGUAGAAACACCAUCCUUAGCCUUUAUUUCCUGCAUGCCUCGCGUCUUCACAAGUCUCACAUUCACAUCAUUUUCUUGUUAUCAUGUGCAGGGGCGCGGGGUCCUGAUUUAGCUUUACCUCACUUGCAUCCUUCUUCCCUUGCGUGUUUGCAGGUUCAAUGCUCAUGUAAUCUUUUCAAUUGUGGGGGUGUGGGGUAAGCGCCGUUGCGCUUUGUACCCUUUGUUCUUUACUGCCUUGCAUCUUCGUAGAUGUCAUUACAAUAUUCAGUUUCUAUGUGUGGGAAUGCGGGGUAAAGAAUUGCACACACUUUUGCCACCCCGCAUGUUCGCAAAUGCCGUUACAAAAAAUUCAUUUUAUUUGUGGAAGCGUGGGGUGAACACUUUGCACAUGAUCUCCUUUACCUUUUAGCACCCUGCAAGUCUCUUAAACAAAUUUUUACUUUUCAUCUAUGGGGGUGCGGGGGAACAAGGUCAGUUAAGUUAUUCAAUUUUGCACGUGCACCUAGGUUGUAACAUAAUGAAGGGUGAGGGUGGUCGUAGGCUAGGACUUAUUUAAAUUUAAGCCAUCAAAAACAUUAAGUAAAACGAAAAAUAAUCUGCUGGUGACAAUACAUAAAUCGUAACAUUGUGGGCCGGUCAACCAAUUUUACGAUGGGCUUUAAGAUGUAACUUAUGGCAUUGAUGACUUGUUCAACCAGUCACUGAGCAAAUAUAACAAAAGGUAACGAGAACCAACUAAGGGCUAGAACUUUGAUACUUAGGCAAAAUUUUAACAACCCUAACACACUCAAGGGGAAACAAGGCAACUACCUGGCAGAAUUUUAUGCAAAUUUUGACAGUCCCAACAUGCCCCAUCAUCAUCACAUCCACUAGGCUUGGAUAAUGUUGAGUAUCAAGAGAUGUCUGAAUCUCAAACACUUUGUAAUGAUCUACAUGUUGUGCACGAUGAGGUGGCAUCUUAGUCAUCAUCAACUCAAAUCAAGCUUUUCCAAGUCAGCAUGUCCAGAUGCAUUGAACCUGACUCAUCUCAAAUGGCAGGAAGUAGAAAGCCUGCGAGCUGAGAGGAAUGUAGUUGCAAAUAAAAUGAAAGGCAAACUUGAUCCUUCAGACCGUACAAAACUAAUAGAAGAAGGAAAGCGCCUGAAGGAUAGCCUUGCAGCACUAGAAGAUGAUCUUGCAAAACUUAUGGAUAAACUUCAGCAAGAAGCACAAUUGAUACCAAACCUUACUCAUCCAGAUGUUCCAAUUGGAGGAGAGGACGCGGCUUCAGUGAGAAAAAUGAUAGGAAGGAAAUAUGAAUUCCAGUUUCCUGUGAAGGACCAUGUGGAGUUAGGGCAAGAACUCGAUCUCUUUGAUUUUGAAUCAGCUGCAGAGGUUAGUGGUUCAAAGUUCUAUUACCUAAAAAAUGAGGCUGUUUUAUUGGAGAUGGGACUCAUUAAUUGGACUUUGUCAGAACUCACAAGAAGAGGAUACGUACCUUUGAGCACCCCAGAUAUUGUUCGAUCAUCUGUUCUUGAAAAGUGUGGCUUUCAACCCCGGGCAGAGAAUACUCAGGUAUAUUCUAUAAAUGGAACAGACCAGUGUCUAGCAGGGACCUCAGAGAUUCCAGUAGGGGGAAUGUACAUGGAUCGCAUUAUAGCUGACACCCUCUUGCCAAUAAAACAUGUUGCCUUUUCACAUUGCUUUCGCACAGAGGCUGGUGCUGCAGGCUAUGCAACAAGGGGCUUGUACCGUGUCCAUCAGUUCAGUAAGGUUGAAAUGUUUGUGAUAUGUCAUCCAGAGGAAAGUGAUUUAUUUCAUGAGGAGCUUAUUAGCAUUGAGGAAGAUCUCUUUUCUUCACUUGGAUUACACUUCAAGACUCUAGACAUGCCUUCUGAAGACUUAGGUGCACCUGCAUACCGCAAGUAUGAUGUGGAGGCAUGGAUGCCAGGUCUAGGGCGGUAUGGUGAGAUAUCCAGUGCAUCAAACUGCACAGAUUACCAAAGUCGUCGACUUAAUAUUCGGUAUCGACCUGUAAGUGAAGAAUCAACUCUUUCAAUGGCGGUCAAGCCCAAGAAAAGGAAAAUCCCAUUGCCGCCAUUACAGUUUGUACAUACAUUAAACGCGACAGCUUGUGCGGUACCUAGAAUGAUCAUAUCCAUACUUGAAAAUUUUCAGCAGGAAGAUGGGUCUGUAAUUGUUCCAGAAGUUUUGAAACCAUUCAUGGGUGGUGUUGAAGUCAUAUAUCCAAAGUCGAAACAAUAAAGCAUGUUUUCCUAUAAAGAGAAUAUAAUAAAGAUAAUUUUGUGACAGUUUUUUGAACCAUUUUCUGAGCUUCACUUCAGAUUUAGCUUCUGAGUGUAUGAAAUGUUUUCCACCCUAUAAAUCUUAGUACUUAUCUUUCUUGA